CUCAAAAUUUUAAUUCAAAAUAUUAAAUUUGAUAAAGAUUUUUUUCAAUCAAUUUUGGAAAAAAUCCUCAUACCACGAAGUGUAAAUUCAGCUGGCCAUGAAACUGUUCGGCAAUAUAUUAAAAAUACAUUGCGAGACUUGAAUUCACGAUGGCAUAUUGAAGAGGAUGUAUUCCGGACACGAACACCUGCUGGUCAAGUUAAAUUUCAAAACAUAAUUGCCACAUACGUGCCAGAAUUUGGUUGUAUACGAAGUAAAUCAUCAUUGAAACGAACAAUAUUAGCCUGUCAUUAUGAUUCAUUAAAAUCGUCGCUAGUAAAAGGCCAUAAUAAUACGGAUAUUAAUCAAGUGGAAAGAUUCACUGGUGCCACCGAUGCUGCCGUAUCAUGUUCAAUGAUGAUUUAUCUAGCGUAUACGAUGAAUGAUCAUCUGGAAAAACAUUGGCUCCACCAUUUCAAUAGUAAUCGUACCAUACAAUUGAAUACGUUGCAAUUAAUUUUUUUCGAUGGUGAAGAAAUUAUUCGUUCUGAACCGAAUGCAUUACGACGUAAUAAACGACGAUAUAAAUCGAAAUCACCACAAAGUGAUUCAUUAUUUGGUUCAAAACAUCUUGCUAAUAAAUGGGAAAAGAUUACGAAUAAAAUCCAUGAACAGAGGAAACGAUUCGCUACAUUGGCUAAUAUGACCAAUAUGAAACGUUCAAGUCGUUAUCUUUUAUGUGAUGGUCAAGAUUCAAUAUCGGCUAAACAGCGACUGAUUGAUAUUCAAAAUGAAAAUCAAAAUAAAAAGAAAAAUGGUAAAAUUACCGAAGUGUUAAUAAUAUCACCACAAGAUUAUCAUACAAUUGAUGGUAUACAAUUAUUCAUAUUAUUCGAUUUGAUCGGUGGAUCUGGUUCGCCACGUUUCUAUAAUACAAAUCUCAAUACAAGUCAACAUUUUCAGCAAUUAAUUCAAAUAGAAAAAAGUUAUCUACAAUUCAAUAAUGAAAAGAAAACAGCCAAAUCCAUGAGCGGUGGUAGUAAUAAGGUUUUCUUUCAACAGAAUCCAGCAUUUAUGGUCAGUUUUGUACGCGAUGAUCAUCUACCAUUUGUCAUACGAAAUGUACCGGCACUUCAUCUGAUACCACAUCCAUUUCCACGAACAUGGCAUAGUAUGGAUGAUAAUGUUGAUAAUCUUAAUUUUAAUUCUAUUGGCCGUUUUACGAAUAUUAUGCAAUUAUUUCUGUUAAAUUUUUUUCGACCAAUCUAAUGGUCAGCAAAAAAAAUUGAAUUUCACAAUAUUCGAAUCAUC